UUUUAUACAUUAAAUGACCAAUGACAUUCGUAUAUUUCUUUUUAGCUGUGGAAUUUGUAUUUAUUUCUAGUUAAAUCGAAGAAUCUCAAAGAUACACCAGUAGUCCGAAGCGUUAUAACUAACUGAAAAUAUACUGAUAAAAUGUUGAUCAAAGUUAAGACCCUUACCGGGAAAGAAAUCGAAAUUGAUAUAGAACCCACCGACAAAGUGGAACGAAUCAAAGAAAGAGUUGAGGAAAAGGAAGGAAUACCGCCUCAACAACAGCGGUUAAUUUUCUCUGGAAAACAAAUGAAUGACGAGAAAACUGCUCAGGACUACAAAGUUCAAGGGGGAUCAGUUCUGCAUUUAGUUUUGGCACUUCGUGGUGGAAAACUCAUAUAAUUUAUGUUGUCUUUAGGAUUUUUAAAUUAUAUUUCGCUAAUUAUUUAAGUUAAAAUAUGUAAUUCAGCAAAUACAUUUUUAUUUAAAUUUUUCA